AUGGUUUGGGAUGAGUUUCUAAAUCUUUCGAUUCAUCACAGAGUGGCUGGGAAAUCCUGGGCGGUAAUGGGUGACUUCAACCAGACACUUGACCGGGAGGAGCAUUCUUCUCCGUCAACCCUUAAUAUCGACAGAGCGACAAGAAAUUUCAGAGAUUGUCUUACGGGUGCUGGCUUAUCUGAUCUUACUUUCAGGGGUUUCACCUACACAUGGUGGAAUAAGAAGCUUCGAAGUCCUAUUGCGAAGAAGUUGGACAGAAUCCUUGUUAAUGAUAACUGGUUGAAUCUGUUCCCAUCGGCUUAUGGUUAUUUUGGGGAACUAGAUUUCUCGGAUCAUUCUUCGUGUGGGUUAGUUCUGUGCAAGGAGAGGCUAAGACCGAGAAGAGCUUUCAGAUUCAACAACUAUCUGGUCAAAAAUCAGGAGUUUCUCCCGACAAUCAGUGAAUAUUGGUACUCCACGACAGUUCAUGGGUCUGCAAUGUUCAGAGUAGCAAGGAAGCUCAAAGGGCUGAAAAGUGUAAUCAGGAGUUUCAAUAAGACAAACUACUCAAACCUUGAAAUCAGGGUCUCAGAAGCGCAUGCGAUUCUCCUGGAUAUUCAAAAUCAGGUGCUUUCUAACCCCUCUUCUGCCUUAGCUGAGCAGGAAUUUGAGGCUCAUCGCAAAUGGAGCAUUUUGGCUGAGGCAGAAAACCAGUUCUUGUGGCAGAAAGCCUGCAUUUCCUGGCUGAAGGAUGGUGAUUCCAGCACUGCUUACUUUCACUGUAUGAUUGCCUCUCGCAAGGCCGCAAACCACAUACAUUUUCUUCUCGAUAAUGAAGGAAACCGCUAUGACACGCAAGAGGAAAUCCAGAGCCACUGCAUCGAUUACUUUGAGAAGCUCCUUAACAGAGAUGAUGGGCUCAUGCCUUUUGCGCAGGAAGAUCUUAACAGUUUGAUGAACUUUGAGGUGCUCUUUGGAGUAGCGCGUAGCUCUUGA